CCCACCCCACGUGGUUGGAGGUUUCCAGAAGCGUAGCCGCCGCGAUCGCCACCGCCGCCGCCGCCGCCGCUGUGCCGCGCAGCUCCGGGGCCCGUCGGCUGUCUGGUCUCUGCCCUCGUACUCCCUCCGUCCAGCCGCCAUGAUAAGCGCCAGCAGAGCCGCGGCCGCGCGUCUCGUGGGCACCGCAGCCUCCCGGAGUCCCGCGGCCGCCCGCCACCAGGAUAGCUGGAAUGGCCUUAGUCAUGAAGCUUUUAGAUGUGUUUCAAGAAGGGAUUAUGCAUCAGAGGCAAUUAAGGGUGCUGUUGUUGGUAUUGACUUGGGUACUACCAACUCCUGUGUGGCAGUUAUGGAGGGCAAACAAGCAAAGGUCCUGGAGAAUGCCGAAGGUGCCAGAACUACCCCUUCUGUUGUUGCCUUUACAGCAGAUGGAGAACGGCUUGUUGGCAUGCCAGCAAAGCGACAGGCUGUCACAAACCCAAACAAUACAUUUUAUGCUACUAAGCGUCUAAUUGGACGUCGCUAUGAUGACCCCGAAGUACAGAAAGACACUAAGAAUGUUCCCUUUAAAAUUGUCCGUGCCUCUAAUGGCGAUGCCUGGGUUGAGGCUCACGGGAAACUCUAUUCUCCAAGUCAGAUUGGGGCGUUUGUGCUGAUGAAGAUGAAAGAGACUGCGGAAAAUUACUUGGGUCACACAGCAAAAAAUGCUGUGAUCACUGUCCCUGCUUAUUUCAAUGAUUCACAGCGACAGGCCACUAAGGAUGCUGGCCAGAUAUCGGGGCUAAAUGUGCUUCGAGUGAUUAAUGAACCUACAGCUGCUGCUUUGGCCUAUGGCCUGGACAAGUCUGAAGAUAAAGUCAUUGCUGUGUAUGAUUUAGGUGGUGGGACCUUUGACAUUUCUAUCCUGGAAAUUCAGAAAGGAGUAUUUGAGGUGAAAUCCACCAAUGGGGACACUUUCUUAGGCGGUGAAGACUUUGACCAAGCAUUGUUACGGCAUAUUGUCAAGGAGUUCAAGAGAGAGACAGGGGUUGAUUUGACCAAAGACAACAUGGCACUUCAGAGGGUUCGGGAAGCUGCUGAGAAGGCCAAGUGUGAACUCUCUUCAUCUGUGCAGACUGACAUCAACUUGCCAUAUCUUACAAUGGAUGCUUCUGGACCCAAGCAUUUGAAUAUGAAGCUGACUCGAGCUCAGUUUGAAGGAAUUGUCACAGAUCUAAUCAAGAGGACUAUUGCUCCAUGCCAGAAAGCUAUGCAAGAUGCAGAAGUCAGCAAGAGUGACAUAGGAGAAGUGAUUCUGGUUGGUGGCAUGACGAGGAUGCCCAAGGUUCAGCAGACUGUGCAAGAUCUUUUUGGCAGAGCCCCAAGUAAAGCUGUUAAUCCUGAUGAGGCGGUAGCUAUCGGAGCUGCCAUUCAGGGAGGUGUGCUGGCUGGUGAUGUCACAGAUGUGCUACUCCUAGAUGUCACUCCCCUCUCUCUGGGUAUUGAGACUCUAGGAGGUGUCUUUACCAAACUUAUUAAUAGGAACACCACCAUUCCAACCAAAAAGAGCCAGGUAUUUUCUACCGCUGCUGAUGGACAAACUCAAGUAGAAAUUAAAGUCUGUCAGGGAGAGCGAGAGAUGGCUGGAGACAACAAACUUCUAGGACAGUUUACUUUGAUUGGAAUUCCUCCAGCCCCUCGUGGAGUCCCUCAAAUUGAAGUCACAUUUGACAUUGAUGCCAAUGGGAUCGUACAUGUUUCUGCUAAAGAUAAAGGAACAGGACGUGAGCAACAGAUUGUGAUCCAGUCUUCCGGUGGACUAAGCAAAGAUGAUAUUGAAAAUAUGGUUAAAAACGCAGAGAAAUAUGCUGAGGAAGACCGGAGAAAGAAGGAACGUGUUGAAGCAGUUAAUAUGGCUGAAGGAAUUAUUCAUGACACAGAAACCAAGAUGGAAGAAUUCAAGGACCAGUUACCUGCUGAUGAGUGCAACAAGCUAAAGGAAGAGAUUUCCAAAAUGAGAGAACUCCUUGCUCGAAAGGACAGUGAAACAGGAGAAAACAUUCGACAGGCGGCCUCUUCACUUCAGCAGGCAUCAUUGAAACUCUUUGAGAUGGCAUAUAAAAAGAUGGCAUCUGAGCGGGAAGGUUCUGGAAGUUCGGGUACCGGGGAGCAGAAGGAAGAUCAGAAGGAGGAGAAACAGUAAUAGUGGCAGUGCAUUGUGGAGCCGGAAGUACAACAUGCCAUGAAGCUUGGGAGUAAAGGGACUUCCUGAGCACAAAGGGGCAACUUCAGUCUUUUACUGUGUUUUUGCAGUAUUCUAUAUAUAAUUUCCUUAAUAUAUAAGUUUAGUGGCAAUUAGCUAACUCAUUUAAUGGGUGAUGAAUUCAGCAAUAGCAGGUUCAUACUGUUCUGUCACUAGCCUGUUAUUUUCAGCCGCAUGUAAAAGGGGUGGGAUGGGGCUGUGUACCAAUCAUCAUUAAGGUAGAUCUGGCUUGUGCUGAAGUGGCCAUGUUUUCAAGGUAUAAAACCCAUUUCAUAUCCAGUGGAGGGAAUCUGUCAUGGACCUUGAAUUGAGACUAUAUAUAGAUCCUUGUUGGCCAAGAGUACCGCUAUAAAGAAUGGCCUCUGUGUAUGUGGGUGGUCCUUCAACUGAGGCCUUGCAAGACUAAGCUACCUGUGCCAUGGUCUGUAGGUGCAGAAGCUAGGUCAAUGGAUAACAGCUGUGUUAGCCAUAACUUCAUAACUGUGAAGUCUCUCGUGGUCCUACGUUUCUAGAUAUAUCCUCUUGGCUGACCUAUGUCUGGCACCUAUAUCCUUGAUGAUUGUUCUUUUCAUCCAUUCUGGAUUUUUUUUUUUUUUUUUAAAUAAAAUUCCAACAUCAUCUUGAUUUCCUUUAAAUGUCAGUAGUUUCAGGACCUUGACUACACUAUCAGUUUGCAUGCAGGGAGAAAUGAAAAUGACUUCCUAACACCAGCUAAAAGUGUGAACACACUGACGAUGUGGAGGUCUAAUACAAUAUAUUGGCAUGCAUGCUGAUGCAGAAGGACACCCAGGGCUACAAAGUGAAACCCUGUCUCUAAGGACUGGUACAAACAAAUCUAGUUGUAGUCAUCUAUCUAGGAAAAAUACUAAGCAAGUGCUGUUUGCAGCUUUAGUUGGUUUAAGGCAAACAGUGUCAUUGGUAUGAAGUCCUAAUGUCUGAUUUCUGAGACUUGGAACAGGUGCCCAAAGUUCUUCUGUUCUACUUUUCCAUCCUUGAUGUGUUUUCACAGCUCUGUCCUGAGAAAGAUCACUUUGAAUACGUGUGUGUGUGUGUGUGUGUGUGUGUGUCUGUCUGUCUGUCUGUCUGUCUGCAGUUAUGUACACAAGCGCUGACCCAUGGAGCUGUAGGCAGCCGAACCCUAACAGUUGUGCUGUAAAAAGCUGUAUGUGCUGUUGAUCUUUUUCUACACAAACCCCUUAAUUUUUUGAGGCAGGAUCUAUGUAGUGUCCUGGGAUUAAAGGCCUGUACCACCAAACCCAUCUGCUUUCAAAAAUAUUUGGAGACAGAACAGAAAUCCACAACUCAUUAAUAUGUGGACAAAAAAAAAGAAAAAGAUAGGGCCGGGCCAGGUGAUGGUGGUGCACAUC